AUGGAAGAUUUAAAUAAGGAAGAAAAUGGAAACCACAGCCCAAAUGUAGAUAGUAAUAAUAAUAGUGAACUACAAAAUGAAAUUAACAAAAUGAUUGAAAGAAAUGUAGUAUAUUUUGAUAAAACAAAUAGUCAGAACAACAAAAAUAGCAAUAACACUACAACAGGGGUAGUUAAAUCAAUAAAUAAAAAAAGUAAAUUGAAAAAUAAACUACAAAACGAUAGAUUAAAGAAAAAAAUAAAAGCAGGAAAUAUUUUAGAAAAGAAAAUGUUAGAAGAAAUUAGUGAAAGAAGAAAAAAAAAUAAAAUUAAAAGAGAACAAAAAAAAACUCAAAAAUUAGAAGGAGAAUUAAAAGUUGGAAAUAUGACAGUAAUUAAAGACAUUAAAAAAAUUAGAAAAUGUGAUAAAAAGACAAAAAAUAAAAUAUUUAAAUUAUCAUCUGAUGCUAUCCAAAGAAUUAUUAAAAAGAAAUAA